UAUAUUUUCGGUUAUGUCAGUUGGAUAUAAAUAAAAUAGCUAGUUUAUAUUAUCGAUCCACCAGCAACACGAAAUUGAAACCAAAUUUGCUGUUAAUAGUGUAAAGCCACGAGGCGAUGCUGUCAAUUUACUUGAACAGCUGACGCCACAAUUACUUGCUAAACUACAAUUUAUAGUAAACUUGUCGAAAGCCGCUCUGUUGGCUUGGCGUCGUGAUCGCGGCGGUGGUCGUGGCCGCGCUGGUGGCCGUGCUGGUGGUGCAGCCGUGGGCAGACAACGGCAGCCACGCACGGUACGCGCGCGCCGCCGUCGCCGCUAAUGGACACGAGUGCGCCGCUAUCGGACGCUCGAUACUUGAGAAGAACGGGAGCGCCGUCGACGCAGCAAUCGCCACGCUCUUCUGCGAGGGUCUAGGCUGCGCACAAUGUAUGGGGUUGGGCGGUGGCUUCUUGGCCACGGUGUACGACGCGAGCACGGGACGGGUGCGGGUCAUGAACGCGCGCGAGCGGGCGCCGCUCGCCACUACCCACAACAUGUACGACAACGCGUCCUCCACAGUCGGCGGUCUCGCGAUCGCCGUUCCGGGAGAGCUGCUAGGUUACGGCGAAUUAUAUCGGGAAUAUGGCCGCUUGCCCUGGGCGGAGCUGGUCCGUCCAACAGCCGAGCUUUGCCGGAAGGGCCACCGAGUGACCGAGUACAUGGGGCGAGUGCUGGAGACCUACAGCGACAGGAUCAAGGCGGAGCCAUCCAUGAGCGAGUUGUACGUGAAUCCAGCGACGAACGAAGUGUACAAGGAGGGCGACAUAAUCGUGGAGCCGACGCUGGCGCGGACGCUGGACGUGAUCGCGGAGGAGGGUCCGGGGGCGAUGCACAACGGCUCGCUCACCGCCGCGCUCGUCCGCGACAUCGAGCGCUUCGGCGGCAUCAUCACGGAGGAGGACAUGAGGCAAUACAGGGUGGAGUGGCAAGAGCCAAUAUCGGUGAAGCUGUCCGACCAGCACACAUUGUACUCGGUGCCGCUGCCCGGCUCCGGCUCCGUGCUGGCUUUCAUCCUCAACAUGCUGGCCGGGUGGGUCGGCGGCGAGGCCGCGCCGCGGGCCUCCGGCCUCUACUACCACCGCGCCGUCGAGGCCUUCAAGUACGCGUACGCCAAGCGCACCGGCCUCGGGGACGCUUCACGAUCCGACCUCACGUACUCCGUCACUGAGCUGGAGCGCAACCUAUCCGACGCCGACUGGGCCCGCGCUUUCCGCGACCAAGUGAACGACGACCACACCUUCAACGACUGGCGGCAUUACGGCGCGCUGUUCGAGGGCGCCGACGACCACGGCACGGCGCAGAUCGUCGUUAUAGCUCCUGACGGCAGCGCCGUCGCUGCCACGAGCACCAUUAACUACAUUUGGGGCAGCCAGCGCCGUUCACCAAGCCUCGGCAUAAUGCUGAACAACGAGAUGGACGACUUCGCGAUCCCAAACCACGAGUCGGCAUACGGCAUGCCGCCGUCGCCCGCCAACAUGCUAGCGCCGGGUCUGCAGCCCCUGAGUUCCAUGGUGCCCACCAUCGUGCUCAACCAGCGAGGGGAAGUUGAUCUGGUGUUAGGAGCUGCCGGCGGGACCAAGAUCACGACCCAAGUUGCUAUGACGGUGAUAAACACCAUCCUCGAGGGCAGCUCGCUCAUUGAAGUCAUGAACCGGCCGCGCCUCCAUCAUCAGCUCAUGCCCAUGGAAGUAGAACAUGAAUAUGAUUUCAAUGCGGACGUAAUAAAAGCGCUCCGAGCGAAGAACCACUCGACGACAGAGCUAGGCCCGACCGCCGGCUUCGCCGCCAUGGUGGGCGCCCAGCGGGACGGAGACGGCUACUUCGUGCCCAACACCGACAGGCGGAGAGUUGGCAGCAUCGACGGUUUCUAAUA